AUGGUGUACUUGGCCCACACGGUUCACUGGCAGUUCCUGGGCCUAGUGGUUGGCUGUGUAGGCUGGAUCCUGACCAUGGCCACUGCGGGCCAGAACGAGUGGAGGCUGUGGUACGUAGAGGACGUCUCCGUGGUAACCUCUGGCGUGGCCUGGGUGGGUGUGUGGCGGGCGUGUUUCUACAGCCACACCCUAUCCGACUCAGAGUUCUGCCAGCCAAUCGGCAUUGCCGACCUGUACGUUCCCGUGGAGAUCUCCGUGGCACAGGUGGUCACCAUGGUAGCAGUGAUCACUGGACUCUUGGGAAACAUCCUUGGUGCGUACGCAGUGAGGAACAUCUAUUUUGGUCAGAAGACUCAUGACUUUAUCAGACUGAUAUUCUCAGGGGCCGGGGGGCUGUACAUCCUUACAGGGGUCAGCUUCCUGGUCCCUCUAGUCUGGAAUGUGAAAUCUGUCCUGACCAAUCAGACCGUAGCGUUCCCCCCAGAGUUCCACCUCCCUCCCGCCCCACUCAGACAGGAAGUAGGCGGAGCUAUCUGGAUUGGGGUCGGUGCUUCGAUCUUCCUUAUCUUCAGUGGUCUCCUAUUCCUCUGCUACAGGUAUCCUAUCAGGGCUAAGAACGACAAGGACCCUCUACAUGGACCGCCCAUAAGACAAAUGUCUAUAUUAGAGAAUGGAGACAAGGAGACCAGAGACAACCCUGCCUUCCAGGCUGAGGAAGACUUUUAG